AAAUUAGGUUGUAAUAAUGAAUGACAAUCAAAGUGGGAUCUUAAAAGCCAUUCAGUUUUGCUACACAUCAGUGGAAAAUUCAUGUCCUAAACAAGAGCAUUCAAUCACAGCUCGUGUUCUCAUGUAUAUGACUCUAUGGACAAUAACUACAGUCACUCUAUGUGGAAACCUGUUGGUAAUCAUCUGCAUUUCUCAUUUCAAGCAGCUUCACACUCCGACAAACUUUCUCACCCUGUCUUUGGCAGCUGUCGACUUUCUGCUUGGAGGGCUUGUAAUGCCACCCAGCAUGAUCCGAACUGUUGAAUCCUGUUGGUAUUUUGGGGACUUCUUCUGCAAGUUUCACACCAGUACAGACAUCAUGCUCUGCUCAAACUCCAUUUUGCACUUGUUUUUCAUUUCAGUUGACCGCUAUUAUGCUGUGUGUUGUCCACUGACAUACAACAGUAGAAUCACUCUAGCAUUAGUUAGCAAAGUUAUUUUUAUUAGCUGGUUUCUAUCAGCCACGUUUGGAUUUAGUAUUUUGUUUCUAGGAAUUAACAUUAAAGGUAUAGAAAAUUUUUAUGAACAGGCUAUUUAUUGCGUUGGGAGCUGUACAUUUAUACAAAAUCAGGUGUCAGGACUGGUUACCACCUUAAUAUCAUUUUAUAUACCUGGUUUUAUUAUGGUAGUUAUCUAUCUUAAGAUUUUCAUUGUCGCAAGGAGACAGGUGAGAUCUUUGAAAGAAAUUGCUGAGGACAGGAACAAAACUGCAGUAAGGAAAAGAGAAACAAAAGCUGCAAAAACCUUGUCAAUAGUGGUUGGUGUAUUUCUCACAUGCUGGUUGCCAUUAUUCCUCAGCAGCAGUAUCGACUUAUAUGUGAAUUACUCGACUCCGGCUUUAGUAGCAGAAAUUCUAAUAUGGUUUGCUUAUUUAAAUUCAACUUUCAAUCCACUAAUUUAUGCAUUCUUUUACACAUGGUUCCGAAAAGCUGUCACAAUUAUUAUACUCGGGGAACUUUUUAAAAGCAACUCAUCAUUAACAAAGCUUUAUACGGAGUAAAUGAAUAUAGUAAAGUUGCUUUCAAUUUUAUUAUGUUAGAUAUUUUAGAAACUUUUAAUGUCACUUGUUAUUAAAGAAAACUCAUUCAUAAGCUUGACAAAGCAAAAUGUACUUUAGUAUUUGUUUAUGAGGUAUCCUACUAUCUGUGAAUUGUACUUUAUGUAAGGGUUUACCUUGAAGGCAAAAAAGUUGUAAUGUGCAAUUAAUGCUGUUUUAAAACCUUUUAAUAUAUAUAAAAUAUGAAUGUUUAAAAUAAUCUAUAUAAUGUA